AUGUCCGAUUUCAGCGAAUCCAAGGCUAACAAACGGGCAAGCGCCGACAUAGACGAGACUUCUAGGAAAAAGUCUAAGAAAGGCGAUCGCGAGGGCACCUACAACCCGUAUCUCGCCCACAUGGACCAGGAGAGCAAUGGCUAUGGCGGCGAUGAAGCACCGCCAGGUUCGGCCUUGGAAGGCAUGAAGCGUCGCCAAACCACUGCUGCCCAGGCCUCCAAGGCGGAAGAUUCUGCCAUCAACCCCUUUACGGGAAAACCCCAUUCUCAGCAAUACUUCAGGAUUCUCGAAACUCGCCGGGAUUUGCCAGUCCACAAGCAAAGGCAAGAAUUUCUCGAAAAAUACCAAUCGACCCAAAUUCUCGUGUUUGUCGGUGAGACUGGUUCUGGCAAAACAACCCAGAUCCCGCAAUACGUUAUAUACGACGAGUUACCCAAGGUCACCGGCAAGCUCAUUGCUUGUACCCAGCCUCGUCGAGUGGCCGCCACGUCCGUCGCACAGCGUGUCGCCGACGAAAUGGACGUCACCCUCGGCGACGAAGUCGGUUACAGCGUCCGUUUUGAUGACUGCUCAAGCCCCAAAACUAUGCUCAAGUACAUGACGGACGGUAUGCUUCUGCGUGAAGCGAUGCACGACCACGACAUGUCUCGCUACAGCUGCAUCAUUCUCGACGAAGCCCACGAGCGUACUCUUGCCACCGAUAUUCUCAUGGCCUUGCUGAAGCAGAUCGCCAGUCGUCGACCGGACCUGAAGAUCAUUGUCAUGUCUGCCACGCUUGAUGCGCAGAAGUUCCAGAAAUACUUCAACGACGCUCCCCUGCUGGCCGUCCCUGGUAGGACGCACCCCGUCGAGAUCUUCUACACGCCCGAGCCGGAGAAGGAUUACGUCGAGGCUGCCAUUCGAACCGUUUUGCAAAUUCAUGCGUCAGAAGGCGACGGCGAUAUUCUCCUCUUCUUAACCGGUGAAGAUGAAAUUGAAGAUGCCUGUCGCAAAAUCAGCCUGGAAGCCGAUGAAUUACAAAGAGAGGUGGACGCGGGGCCUCUUGUGGUGUACCCAUUGUACGGCACCCUGCCGCCACAUCAGCAACAGAAGAUCUUCGAGAAGGCCCCGCCUCCUUUGAGAAAGGGCGGCCGUCCCGGUCGCAAGGUCAUCGUAUCUACCAACAUUGCAGAAACUUCGCUUACGAUUGACGGCAUUGUAUACGUCGUAGACCCUGGUUUCAGCAAACAAAAGAUUUACAACCCUCGUAUUAGAGUCGAGUCUCUCCUCGUGUCGCCCAUCUCCAAGGCCUCAGCCCAACAGCGAGCUGGUCGUGCUGGUCGUACCAAGCCUGGAAAGUGCUUCAGAUUAUACACGGAAAAGGCGUUUAAGAAGGAGCUCAUACAGCAGACGUACCCUGAAAUUCUACGAUCCAAUUUAGCCAACACGGUCCUGGAGCUGAAGAAGCUCGGUGUCGAGGAUUUGGUUCACUUUGAUCUUAUGGAUCCCCCUGCGCCAGAGACAAUGAUGAGAGCCCUCGAGGAACUCAACUAUCUCGCAUGUCUGGACGACGAUGGUGAACUCACCACGCUGGGCAGCCUGGCAUCAGAGUUCCCCUUGGAUCCUUCGCUAGCAGUCAUGUUGAUUUCCUCCCCCGAGUUCUACUGCUCCAACGAGAUCCUCAGCAUCACCUCUCUUCUGUCUGUGCCUCAGGUCUUUAUCCGGCCCGCUAACAACCGAAAACGCGCAGACGAGAUGAAGUCGCACUUUAGCCAUCCGGACGGCGACCACCUGACACUGCUCAACGCCUACCACGCCUUCAGGGGCCAGGCUACUUCUGACCCAGACAAACUCAAGCAAUGGUGUCACGAGCACUUCCUUUCCUUCCGCCACCUGAGCAGUGCAGACAGCGUCCGCGCCCAACUCAAGCGCAUAAUGGAGACUCACGGCUUGGAGCUCGUCUCGACGCCAUUCGAGGACAAGAACUACUACACUAAUAUUCGGAGAGCGCUGCUGGCCGGCUUCUUCAUGCAGGUCGCCAUGAAAGAGAGCUCGGGCAAAGUCUACCGCACUGUCAAGGAUGACCAGGCAGUCUUGAUCCAUCCGUCUACCGUGCUACGCACCGAGUUUGACUGGGUCCUGUAUAACGAAUUUGUGCUCACUUCGAAGCAAUACAUCCGUACGUGUACGGGCAUCAGGCCGGAAUGGCUACUCGAAAUUGCCCCUGUCUACUACGAUCUCAAUACCUUUGAGCAGGGAGACGUCAAGAGAUCGCUAGCCAGAGCGGCUGAGAAGAAGCGGAGAAAGGAGGCAAUGAAAGCUGGGCGAUGA